GUAUUUCUAUACUUUGUCAGUUACUCUACACUUUGUGAUAUGAUAUGUACUUAAAUGAUUAUUAUAUUAAUCCAAUAUGUUUCUAUAUUUCUAAAAUAAUCGAGUUCCUAAUAUAAAAUAUAAUGAUCAUUUAUUCUACAUCAAAUAUAUUAAAUUUUAAUUAAUUUUUGACUUAUUAAUAAAAUUAAUAUAUAAAUAUAAGUGAAUUUCGAAAAUGAAUAUUGAAGAAAAUAGACUACAAACUUUUACUGAUUGGCCAGCAAAUGCUGCAGUGGAUGCUGCUCGAAUAGCAAAAGCUGGAUUUUAUUAUAGUGGAUAUGGUUUAGAAGUACAAUGCUUUUUAUGUGGAGUAAAAAUUUCUGAUUGGAAUUAUGGUGAUCAAGCUAUAGUUCGUCAUCGAUUAGCUGAACCUAAUUGUUCUUUUGUUCAAAAUCCUUCUAGUACUUGUAAUAUUCCUUUAAUACCAAUUAACAAUAAUGAAUUGGCAUCAUCAUCAACAGAAAUAUCACAGAAUAAUAUAAUUGAAUAUCAGUCUAUAAAUUCUUGUCAAUACAAAGAAUCUCGAAAGAAAUAUAGAAUCAUGUCACAUAGGUUACAAUCUUUUACUAAUUGGCCACUUUCUUCUAUUGUAUUACCUGAAAACCUUGCCAAAGCUGGAUUUUAUUAUCUUCAACAUGAUGAUGAAGUACAAUGUAUAUAUUGUGGAGGUAUUUUAAAAAAAUGGGAGCUUGGUGAUGAUCCAAAUAAAAAACAUAGAAAAUAUUUUCCUAAUUGUAAUUUUUAUGUUUAUCAAGAUAAAGAUGAUAAUUUAUAUUUAAGUAAUGUGAAAUUAAUAUCUGGUACAACAUCAAAUCUCUCGGACUUAGGAAUACAAACACAUACAACUCCUAAAAAACAAGAUUGUGCAACAUAUGAAGGAAGAUUACAUACUUUUAAUGGCUGGCCCAAAAAUAUUAAACAAACUCCUGAAAUAUUAGCUAGUGCAGGAUUUUAUUAUGAUGGAUAUAGUGAUCAUGUUAGAUGUUUUCAUUGUGAUGGUGGCUUACGAAAUUGGGAAACAACAGAUGAUGUAUGGAUUGAACAUGCAAAAUGGUUUCCUAAAUGUGAAUUUGUAAAUCUUGUAAGGGGACAAGAAUUUAUCAAACAAUGCAUUAAUAAUAGACCACCUUUAGAUCAAUCAAUUUUUGAAGAUGUAACAAAAGAUCAAAAUAUAGAUAAAAUUGAAAUGUCAUGUACUUCUUCAUCUUCAUUAGAAAUUACAGAAACAACAUUAAAAAAAUUAUUAGAGAGUCCAUUAGUAACAGUAGCUUUAGAAAUUGGAUUACAUAUAGAUAGAGUAAAAAAAGCUUUGAAAAAACGAAUAGAAGAAGUAGGAAUACCAUAUACACAUCCUGAUCAACUUAUAGAAGAUGUUCUUUGUGGGCAAAUUAUGGAAGAAUCAACAAAGAAACAAACAAGCAAUAUAGAAAAAUAUAAUAAUAUAAAAAAAAAUGAAUAUAAAGAACAUUCAACUGAAAAUGAAGUCUCUAUGAUAUUUAAUCAUACAGCUAACAGAAAGACAAAUGUUAAUUUCAACGAAAUUACAUCUUUAGAAGAAGAAAAUAGAAAAUUAAAAGAAGCUCGUUUAUGUAAAAUUUGUAUGGAUCGAGAAAUAGCUAUUGUAUUUUUACCUUGUGGACAUUUAGCAACUUGUGUUUAUUGUGCACCAUCUCUUACAUAUUGUCUAAUGUGUAGACAAGAAAUUAAAGCUAUUGUUCGUACAUUUCUAUCAUAAAUUAUAUAGCAAAUAAUAAAUAUAUUGUUAAAUUUAUUUAUAUAAAUUUAAUAGUUUAAAACAUAAAAA